AUGAGUUCAACGAGAUCAGUAUCAGAAAUACUGAGCAGAGCUGCUUCUGCGAAUGCCAAAUUCAAUAUCUUUACCUCGUUAAGGUCCCAAUCACAAAUUGAACAGUCUUUUAAAAUACCAAAAGAUGGCCCAUUACAUGGCAAAACUGUUGCAAUAAAAGACAACAUUGUCACUACACAAGAACCAACUACAUGCUCUUCAAAGAUCCUUUCAGACUAUAAUUCACCAUUUGAUGCAACAGUAGUGACUUUACUGGAAAGUGCAGGUGCUAUGACUUUAGGCAAAACCAACAUGGAUGAAUUUGGUAUGGGUUCAGGAACAACACAUUCUCAUUACGGUGCUACACUAAAUCCAUUGUUCCCAGAUACACCAACUAUAACUGGUGGCUCCUCCGGUGGCUCUGCUGCUGCUGUCGCUGCUGACUUAUGUGAUAUUGCUUUAGGUACAGACACUGGUGGGUCUGUUAGGUUACCAGCUGCAUAUACUGGUGUUUUGGGGUUUAAGCCAACUUAUGGGAGAUUAUCACGCUGGGGUGUUGUUGCUUAUGCUCAAAGCUUGGAUACAGUUGGCAUUUUAAGUAAGGAUAUUGAAUUAAUAAGGCAAACCUAUAAUGUGCUAAACAAAUUUGAUUCUAAUGACCCAACAUCAAUGAGUAAUCAAUUGAGAUCGAAAAUCAAUGAAGUUAGCCAACAAAAACAAAAACUAAGAAUCGGUAUUGUGAAUGAAUUCAAUCUUGAUAAUUUAUCCACUGAGGUUCAAAAAAUUUGGAAACAAGUAGUUGAUCAACUACUAGAACAUCACGACAUUGUUCCAGUCUCAAUGCCAACUUUGAAAUAUGCCCUACCUGCUUACUACACAAUUGCUCCAGCUGAAGCUGCUUCAAAUUUAGCACGCUAUGAUGGUAUACGGUAUGGUUAUAGAUCUGAUGAUGACAAACAUCAUUAUGCUCAAACCCGUUCUACUGGGUUUGGAGGUGAAGUUCAAAACAGAAUUUUGUUGGGGAAUUAUAACCUAAAUUCAGAUUCUUAUAAAAACCAUUUCCUCAAAGCUCAAAAUCUAAGAAAUGCCAUCAAGUCACAAUUUGAUCAUGUUUUCAAAUUCCCAAAUUUCUUAUCAAACAAUAAACCAGCUCAAGAUGGUGUAGAUCUCAUAAUAUCACCUGUUGCAAUGAGCAAUGCACCAUCGUUACACGUCUUCCAGAACCAAACACCAACUGAAUCUUAUACUAAUGAUGCAUUCACUGUGCCUGCUUCUUUAGCUGGAUUACCAGCUAUCUCUGUCCCUUGGGCAUCAGAAAUCAAGUCUUCACCAAUAGGUAUUCAAAUAAUGGGACAAUAUGGUGAUGAUGAACAAGUAUUGUCAUUUGCCCAAAGUUUGAACAAGUUAAAUACAGUUUAA